UUGCGAGGUGGCUAACGAUGCAACAGAACUAUGGUGGUGGAUUUCACUCGACGCAGGACACAAUCAUUUCCUUGGAAGCUUCAUCACGAUGCGACAUUGCAUUUCUGAAGAGGGAAGAAGAAAUCAAUAUGCAAAUUCAAUUCCAUGUUUUUGGAAGUCCCAUUGAGAAAACGAUUCAUUUGUGCCAGCAUAAUGCUCUGACUGAGAAAGAAUUGAAGUUUCCACUUGGAAGAAAGAUUCACAUCAAAUUGACUGGUCAAGGAAAUGGGACACUGACUUAAUUGCAUGACUGUUGAAUGGUUCGUUGAGAGUGAGGAACCGAUGGACUCUCACAC